AUGCUGCCUCCGCACUCCAAGGCCAAUCCCCUCCCGUCCGACGUCGAAACCGACAUGGAUAACCAUGGACCAAAUCAACACCUCCUUGACGGCUUGAACUUUGCCACAUCAUCUCACAUAUCGUUAUCGCUCGUCUCGCUGAAUACUCUGCUUGGGCUCCUGCUUGGGCUACAACUGCAGCUUCAGCUUCAGCUCCAGCUUCCAGCUCUGUGCUUCACUGCUCUGCUGCGGUCUCCUGGGGUCUGGCCAGGUCUCUGCCGCCUGACUCGCCCGCCCGCCUGGCUCGCCUGCUUGCCGAUCCAUCUAUUAAACCCCCCGAAUGUUGGAGCUGCUCCGGGGCCCCGCAUCCACCAAGCCCACCAGGGACCUCCAAGCAGCCCAACAAGCAUCUGCCGGUCCCCGAACCUGGGGCGCCAGUGCUCCGUCAUUGCUCGCGCCCUCCUUUCCUCCCAUCUGCGUCUCGCUCCGUUGCAGUCAUCCGCUCCGCGGCCAGGCAGGACCCACGUCUCGCACGCGCUCUGCAACGAUCAGCUACCUGCUAGACUACCUGUUCGCGUAUGGUCAAGCAACUCCCAUGCCGCCGUCAUCACCUCUGUGAUGGCGACUCCGUCGACCGGCGCCAUACCGCCCCCGAAACAGAUCCGUUUCGUCAAUAAUCAGGGCCAGCCCCCCUCCAAGAGACGACGCGUGAAUGCAGCAUGCCUGACCUGCCGGAAGCGAAAGACGCGGUGCGACGGAGAGAAACCGACUUGCUCGACUUGCGACAAGAAUGGCCACCAGUGUCUUGGAUACCCCGAACAGAACGACAAAAUCAGGAUAGACUCUGCAAUUUCCCCUGUCAAGGUCGAAGGAGGAAUCGAUAAUUCACCUGUCGAGCUCGAGGACGAUGACCCACCCACAGAUGUGCUCGACGGCAAAGAACACGAUCGCCGCGCCUCCAAGUCCCGAAAUGGCUCCAGUCGCCACUCGCAAGUCGCGCAUGAAUACGGGACUCCCAACAAGAAACGGAGCGAUUCAUCUUCAACGUCAAGUGUUGGCACUGCCGCGAAACUCAGGAAGGAAAGCAAGGACUGGGACAAGGAACCGUCAAAACCACAGACACCAGAAAAAUCAGGAAAGAGGCACUCGUUUCAGCGGACUGUCUCCUUCUCCGACGAUGGCCACAGUCCGAGCACCCGAUCACCUGUUCAGCACCACCACGAGACUCACAAGGUCCCCUACUUUCGCUACUUCGGGCCGACCGCAAUCGUACCGGGCUACAAGCAGAUGGUGGUCAACGUUCACCAUUAUCAUCGACGCAGGAGCAGAGGGGGCUCUGCCUCAGUCACCUCCCCAGGGUCCGGCUCCAUGUUAAGCCACCACAGCCUACCGUCACACGCCGACACUGUCCUGCAGGCAAUGGAAGAAGUGCCCGUGUACGACCCCAAUGACACCAGCCCGGUGCACCCUACAAUAAUUAAUCUCAUCAAGAUCUUCUUCGUGCAUCUCGGCUGCAGCUACCCGUUCCUUCACGAAGCAAGGGUCCUGCGCAUGGUCAAGGAGAAGAGGCUGGACGCCAUCCUAGUGGACGCAAUAUGUGCCUUGGCGGCCAGGUUCUCAAACAUUGAUUCUUUGGCUGCUGUCGGAGAGGGUUCCAAGUCGGACUAUGGCAAUGCGUUCGCACAAAGAGCAAGAACUGCGACGGUCGACGCAUUCCCAUGUCCCUCAGUCGGAGCUGUCCAAGCAUAUCUGCUCAUGGCUUAUGAGGGCUUUGGUGCAGGCCAAGAUAGUACUCUUUGGAUGUAUCUCGGUCUUGCAAUCCGCAUGGCGUUUGACCUUGGCCUUCAGAAAAACGAAGGCGUCCAGUUUCAAGGGGACAAAGACCCGUGGUACACCCGGUCCUGGAACCAUGCAGAUGGUGAUGAGGAGGAUACCAAUACUGCAAUACCAAAGAGCGAGACGUUAAGGCCGGAAGAGCAACAGGAAAUCGUUCAGGAACGUGUCGAUACUGCCUGGGCUGUUUAUAUCUUGGAUCGAAUCAUAUCCUCCGGGACUGGUCGGACCGUCACCAUAAAGGACGAAGAGUUUGAACUGCCGACUCCAGAACCAAGUAUCGAUCCAGUCUCAGGCUGGCCAAUCGCUUAUCCUGCCUUCAUCCAGAUCACUCAAUUUUAUGGUCGUGUAUCCGACGUGUUGAACAAGAUCAACAAAGUGCAGGAUCUCACAGAAGAAAAGAUGGCUAUACUGGCCAAGAUUGAGAGCGACCUGACGAGGCUCUACCACAAGCAAGACCCCCGACUGCAUUUCAAUCCAUUACACUUCCAGAAUUACGUCAAGCAUGGACAGGGGACGACGUUCAUACUCUUGCAUGUCUGGUUUCACGCCUUGAUCAUCGUCCUGCACCAGCCGCUCUUGACGUCUUUCGGUAUCAGGCAGCCUCAAUUGACAUCCCAUAGUCGGGAGCUAGCCAUGUCGAGUGCCAAAACAAUCGCCGACAUACUGGCCUUGGCUGAGCUCAUUGACCCAAAAAGCUACAUCGGCAACCCGUUCAUAUCGCAGCCUAUGUACAUUGCUGCAUGCGCCUUUUUGACCGAGUCGGCCGCGGUAAACUCGCAGCCCGUCUCGCGAGAUGCCUCGCCACCGACUGGGAACACAAAUUCAAACGGUGGCUCAGCAAAAGCAGCCAACAGGAAAACGAAGUCGAGCACCGAGUCAAGACCGUCGAAACAUUCAUUGUUGGCUGAUGCGGCGAACCAGAAUUAUCAGAGAUGCUACAAGUCCUUGCAACAACUCAUCAUGUACUGGGGUGGUGUCAACUACAUUCUGGUCGCAUUAGAACACAGGUCGAAGGGCAUCUGGGACUGCGAGACCUAUACCGCCGAAGAGUACGAGAGCACGAAGUUGCCUCGCCGCCCUACUUCAUUAAGUCGAUUCGCGCGACUCGAUAACCCAUCCUCGCCCCAGCCAAGCGCGCCUCCCAUUGCUUGGUCACUCACGGGAACGACAAAUUCACCAAAUUCGAGCCUCACACUUUUAUAUCAGAACAUGAAUGCGGGAGGCUCACAAACAAAUCAAGGUCCUACCCAUCAAACUCCACAACCUGCGCCUGCGUCCGCCCCAACACCGCCCGGAAACAUGAUUUACGAUCCCAUCCGCCAGAGUCUUCCAGAGACCCCGACAGCAUUCUCAUCGGCUUUCCCACAACAAAAUGUGUCUGCUGUGCGAUACUCCGCAAAUCAUUCGGCCGCACAUCGUAUAACACCGUCUCUGCCCACGAGCCUUGGAUCAGAUGCCAGAUCUGGGUUGACGCCUGAGGUCGGACCCAAUACACCAUCGAGCGACGCCAGGCUUCAAGUUUUGUCUGGAAUUGCGAGCAGCGGCCCAGUCCUCCCACCACUAUCGACGCACCCCUUCACACCGUCGUCCAACUAUGAGCCCUCUAUCCUCCAAGGUGCUUCACCUCCCAACUCUCUCAACGAUCCGAACUCUGUCCAACAACAGCGCAUCCAUCAACUGAAUCAGUCCGCCGCGAACCAUACACCUACUGACGUGGUGGGGAAUUAUGCUCAUGAUUUCGCGCAGAACGGCCUGGCAUCGGGCUCAUACUCUUAUUUCGGCGGUGGGCCAAUGGCUGAUGCCAUUACGGUGGAGGAAAUCAAUAUCGGAUCACUUGGACUGCCGAAUGAUAUGAUGCCACCUUGGGACUUCUUUCCUGGUGACUUCACUGGCCUCUUUGAUGCGAACCACCUCGCGGGAGACCCCGAAAAUCACGGGCACAUGUGA